AUGAAGUUGGGGCUCUUGUGUUUGACAUUGGCUCGUACACUGUGAGAGCAGGCUAUGCAGGGGAGGACUGCCCAAAGGUUGAUUUCCCAACAGCCAUUGGUGUGGUGCUAGAAAGGGACAAUGGCAGCACUCUGAUGGAGAUAGAUGGGGACAAAGGCAAACAAGGGGGCCCAACUUACUACAUAGACACCAAUGCCCUGAGAGUCCCAAGGGAGAACAUGGAGGCCAUUUCACCUCUAAAAAAUGGAAUGAUUGAAGACUGGGAUAGUUUCCAGGCAAUUCUGGAUCACACUUACAAGAUGCAUAUUAAAUCUGAAGCAAGUUUGCAUCCUGUCCUCAUGUCUGAAGCUCCUUGGAAUACGAGAGCGAAGCGUGAAAAGCUGACGGAGUUGAUGUUUGAACACUACAACAUCCCUGCGUUUUUCCUGUGCAAAACUGCAGUCCUGACAGCUUUUGCUAAUGGGAGAUCCACAGGUCUCAUUUUGGAUAGUGGAGCAACACACACCACUGCUAUUCCCGUGCAUGAUGGAUAUGUGCUUCAGCAAGGCAUUGUAAAAUCCCCACUGGCAGGAGACUUCAUUACUAUGCAGUGCCGGGAAUUGUUUCAGGAAAUGAACAUAGAGAUCAUCCCUCCAUAUAUGAUUGCUUCAAAGGAGGCAGUGCGUGAGGGGUCACCAGCAAACUGGAAGAGAAAAGAGAAGCUACCUCAGGUCACUCGGUCUUGGCACAACUACAUGUGUAACUGUGUCAUUCAGGACUUCCAAGCUUCUGUCCUCCAAGUAUCAGAUUCAACCUAUGAUGAACAGGUGGCAGCACAGAUGCCAACAGUUCAUUAUGAGUUCCCCAACGGCUACAACUGUGACUUCGGUGCUGAGCGUCUGAAAAUCCCAGAGGGAUUGUUUGACCCUUCUAAUGUAAAGGGUUUGUCUGGUAACACGAUGUUGGGUGUGAGCCAUGUUGUCACCACGAGCGUCGGAAUGUGCGAUAUAGACAUCAGGCCGGGCCUCUAUGGCAGUGUGAUUGUAGCAGGAGGAAACACUCUGAUCCAGAGUUUCACAGACAGAUUGAACAGAGAGCUGUCUCAGAAAACUCCACCGAGCAUGCGCCUGAAGUUGAUAGCGAACAACACAACGGUGGAGAGGAGGUUCAGCUCAUGGAUUGGUGGUUCAAUUUUGGCUUCUUUGGGUACUUUUCAACAGAUGUGGAUUUCUAAACAAGAAUAUGAAGAAGGAGGGAAACAGUGUGUAGAAAGAAAAUGUCCUUAGACCUCUUACUGUGAAAACUGCUGCCUGCUUGGUGCUCCCUCUGUUUUAUAGCUUUAGCAUACUCAGGAAUGGGAUGGACUCUCUUUUGUAGAAAGUUUAUACUGGGUUUUUUGCAUAAUUCGAGUUGCAUUUUAACAGACCUUAGAGAUUUUGAGAGACCUAAUUGGUACUAUCAUAGAAAAAGGAUGUUUACAUCCAUGUAAAGCAAUAAUUCAUGUAACAAGCAUUUUAUAAUUUUGUAUAAAUGUCUAUUUUCUCUAGUAUCUUUUCCUGGGAACAGCUUUACAGGUUAGCUGAUAGAUAGAGGCAUAACCUUGCAAAUUUAUUAUGUCUAGUUUUACAUACUACUAGUCUUCCUUGCUGGUACUUUGGCCUUAAAUUGCUCUUAUUUCUCUCUUUAAAAAUAAAAUUUGAUCUUUUAUAUUUGAGCAAC